AUGGUCGAAUUAGGGGUGAAACUGGACUGUAUUAGCAUUAAGUCAGAUGAUAAUGAUAUAGGUUAUAUAAAUAAUGAUAAAAAAUACAAUUACGGUAAUAAUAAUUCGAGAUACCACGAUAAUUAUAACAAUUAUAACUACAACAACUAUCGUUAUAACAAUAAUAAUCAAUCUAAUUAUGGUAGAAAUAAUACAUGGUAUGAUAAUAAUCAAAGAAAACAGAUCCAAUACGGUGAUGGAAAUCGUAACAAUUACCAAUCUAAUUACAACAAUUCAAAUAAUUAUAGAGGUAAUGACUAUAAUCAGAGAAAACAAAUACAAUAUAACAAUAACUCAAAUAAUUUUGGAGGUGGCGACAACAAUAUUAGAAAGCAAAUACAAUACAAAAAUGAUUAUAAUAUGAAUAUUGAAGAAAUUAUUGAAGAGAAAGUUGACUCUACAAAGAACAAAGAUGAUAAUAAUUUUAAUGUUAACAACUUAUCUGGUGACAUGCUUAAUGAUAAAGAUAACGCAUUUAUGACAACCUUAAAAGUGAACGAUAUUUUUACAUGUAUGCAAGUGGAUACGGGCUCUAAACACACUAUUAUACCUCAUGGUCUGGCUAAAAAACUUGGUAUUAGAGAUCUUAAGAAAUCCGAGCUAAAACUCACCGCAUAUGACGGAAAUUUAAUCAAGAUCAUCGGCACUACUCAAGUCAAAGUGACUUAUGAAGGUAUCUCAAAAUGUUUACAAGCCGUAGUCGUCAAAUCAAUUAAUGUUGACAUUAAUUACGAAGAUGAAAUAAAAAAAUUAAUUAAAGAGUGUGAAUCUAAAUUGACUAAUGGGCCAAUCAACAAAGCAAGUAUCAAGUUACAUUUAAGAAGAGAUGCCCAACCUAAAAUUAUACCGCCUAGACGUAUUCCUUAA